AUGACUAAACCAAAGUUAUUGGUACAUAAAGUGCAUCCCCAAGCCAAGUUACCCAGCUUCCAGAGCCCUGAAGCUGCCGGCAUGGAUUUGUUCGCUGUCCAACACAUGGACUUGCCACCAGGCCAGUGGGACAAGAUUAGGACGGGCAUCGCUGUGGCCUGCCCACAUGGAACUUAUGGAAGGAUCGCACCCAGGAGCUCAAUAGCCUUAAAAAGUGGAAUUUCAGUGCUUGGUGGUGUGAUUGACCCCGACUACCGUGGAGAACUUCAGGUCUUGCUGUACAACCUGAGCCAAGCCAAACUGUGCAUCAGACCAGGAGAUCGAAUUGCGCAACUGAUUCUGGAGUACAUCUGUCUACCCCAAAUCGUCGAGACUCAGUCAUUGCCAGCCACGACAAGAGGUUCCGGUGGAUUUGGAUCAACCAACGCAUGA